ACUUUAUUCGGAAUUGCAUUUUGUCAACCUUAAAAAAGAACUGCAUGCAAACUUUGGGUCUGUCAGCCUAUGAUCUGGGGUCAAUAACUGAAACAGGAAUGUUUUAGGAAAUACUCACUAAAAAAACAAAAACGGAGAAGGAGGAACAAGAAUAGUUGGAAGCAAAGGCAUCACAGGGUCCUAUAAUUCAGCGGUGACAGGACAUCUUUCAAAAUGCGUGAGUGUAUCAGCAUUCAUAUCGGUCAAGCUGGAACCCAGAUUGGCAAUGCAUGCUGGGAACUCUUCUGCCUUGAACAUGGUAUCCAACCAGAUGGUUUGAUGCCAAGCGACAAAACAACAGCAGGGGGAGACGACUCCUUCAACACGUUCUUUAGUGAGACUGGAGCUGGUAAACAUGUUCCCAGAGCCAUCUUUUUUGACUUGGAGCCUACAGUCAUAGAUGAAGUUCGUACCGGAACAUACCGCCAGCUAUUCCAUCCGGAGCAAAUGAUCACUGGGAAGGAGGACGCCUCAAACAACUAUGCUCGAGGUCACUACACCAUUGGCAAAGAAGUCAUUGAUCUCGUUCUCGACAGGACCCGAAGGCUGGCUGACCAGUGCAAAGGACUUCAAGGUUUCCUUAUAUUACACUCCUUCGGAGGAGGAACUGGCUCUGGUUUCACCUCUUUACUGAUGGAGCGUCUCUCUGUCGAAUACGGGAAAAAGUCCAAGCUGGAGUUUGCAGUUUACCCUGCACCUCAGGUGUCCACUGCAGUGGUGGAACCAUAUAACUCCAUCUUGACCACGCACACCACCCUGGAGCACUCUGAAUGCGCCUUCAUGGUGGACAAUGAGGCUAUAUAUGACAUCUGCCGCAGGAACCUGGAUAUCGAGCGACCCACCUACAGCAACCUUAAUAGGCUGAUAGGGCAGAUAGUCUCCUCCAUCACUGCCUCACUGCGCUUUGAUGGAGCCCUGAACGUGGAUCUGACAGAGUUCCAAACCAAUCUGGUACCAUAUCCACGUAUCCACUUCCCUCUGGCCACUUAUGCUCCGGUCAUCUCUGCAGAGAAGGCUUACCAUGAGCAGCUGUCAGUGGCAGACAUCACUAAUGCCUGUUUUGAGCCAUCAAAUCAGAUGGUGAAAUGUGACCCUCGCCAUGGGAAGUACAUGGCAUGUUGCCUACUGUACCGCGGCGACGUGGUGCCCAAAGACGUCAACUCAGCGAUCGCCAGCAUCAAGACCAAACGCACCAUUCAGUUUGUAGACUGGUGUCCCACUGGCUUCAAGGUUGGGGUCAACUACCAACCGCCCACUGUGGUUCCUGGAGGAGACUUGGCCAAAGUGCAGCGAGCUGUGUGCAUGCUGAGCAACACCACAGCCAUUGCUGAGGCCUGGGCUCGACUGGACCACAAGUUCGACCUCAUGUAUGCCAAGAGGGCCUUUGUUCAUUGGUAUGUGGGCGAGGGAAUGGAGGAGGGAGAGUUCACCGAGGCUCGUGAAGACAUGGCCGCUCUGGAGAAGGACUACGAGGAGGUGGGAACUGAUAGUGUUGGAGACGAAGGUGAAGAAGAGGGUGACGAAUAUUAAUUUGAAGUUUGUGAACAGAAUAUCGAACUCAGCAAUGAAGACAAAUGAUAUAAUAACCUAAUGGCCCAAAUCAUCAAUGAAACACCUUAGUUUGAAAGCAACUUUGAGACAACUGAUGAAUCCUUUCACUAAUGUUUGCAUGAAGGAUUACUGUACAUAUGGGAAAAUUGUAUGUGGUCAAUUAAACCAUCAAAGCAUUUGCUCUGUUUAAAUACCUUUCAGGAUUCAUUGCAGGAAGAAAACACAUUCAAGAGAACAAGGUACAUAUUCAUUUGUAAACACAUCAAGUUGACAGGAUAUUCCCAAAUGAUAUAUUUGAGACUUGACUUUUUUGAUAAAAAUUCAGCAUCCUGUCACACUUCUCAUUUCCACCUGCUCCUUUAGCACAUUCAAGAACCUCAUCGUUGUCUUUUCUCUUCUUCUUUUGACUGGUUCCUUUGUUUCUAGCAUUCUUCUUUCCAAAUGUUCCCAGAUCUGAGCCAAUCCUCCUGUUGUCUCCCAGGUUUUUCAUAUUAGCUGUCCCUCCGAUAUUCCGUUUUCUAGUCUUGUCAUUCCUAAUCACUCUCAGUGAAAACCUGAUCAUCACCAACUAUGCCACUCCUAACUCUGUUUCCUGUCUUUCUGCCAGAGCAACUGUCACCAACCGAUGCAUCAUGGCAGGCCUCACAACUGCCCAUUCAUUCAUUCUAACCCUCUCACCCCUGACAGUCAUCUGCACGCUCCUCACCCAUUUUGAUCUCGAUCCAACACUCUCAUGUGUCAUCACUCACAUAUUACUAAUCUUAAUCUUAACUAUGCAUCUGUUUUCACUCUCAUUUGCGGCAUGUAUUCUGCUUUGGUUCUACUCAAGACGUUUUACCUCAAAUCCUUCAAUUUUCAAAUGGACUUUUGCAUCCCGGAGUGACAAGGAAGCCAGCCGUCUGUGUUGUAUGGGGCCCCACUAUGUGUUCAUGUUGAGGCACACGUUUCCCUUGACGCUGUGAGAGCACACCAUCUGAAAGAAAAAUGGAGGUUGGGU